ACAAUCCCUUUCCGUGACUGAACACAGGCCAACAGACACUUUUCGUCUGCGGUCCUUUCUCAUCCGGCUUUGGCCUGCUCCCCGCUCGCCCUGCCUGCUCCGCUCGAUCGCAUUGCCGUCUCCGGCGCCCAUCCGAAUGCUCGUCGGCACACUCGGCCCUUCUCAGCCCCUCUCGGGGCUCCUGCUCUUGCUCCCGCUGGCUCUGGCCCAUACCGACACCCGGUUUGGUCCCCCGACCCUUUCGGCGUCGGCGUCGCUGUUGCCCACCGCCGCCCAGCACCAAACCUCCUCAGCACCAGCAUCAUCCUCGCCAGCCCCAAACUCCGUUGCCGCCUCGCUGUUGCCGGCGCCGUCUGUCGCCAGCCCAGCGUCCGUCGUUCAAUCGUCGGACACCUCGGUCCCAUCUCCUUCUCCGGCAGCGUCGUCCUCGCCCAGCCCCAUGGUCCUGUAUGCUGGCAUUGGCGUCGCUGGUGCGUUGCUGUUGGCGCUGGCCGCCCUGUGUGCCUUCCAGAGGAGCCGACGACGUCGAGCCCACAAAGCGCCUGCUCCGCCCGGUCCAUCUGGCUCCGUCGAAAUCGUGCACAUGGAUGCCUUCAAGGACACCGAUCUGGCCAAACUGCCGCCUGAGGAGCUGUCGAGGGCCGCCGUCGAACGCCGAAAGUCGAUUCCAUACUCGACGCGGGACACCCUGCUCAUGUAUGCCGACUCGACUGCGGGGGCAUCGGGCGAUGGUCUGCGCCUGCUCGUCGUCAACACCCAGAGCUGCUCCUGGAGGUUUGUCAAGGACGACCACUCUGACUCUUGGUCCGCUUCGCUAACCAGCGUCUCGUCGCAACGGCCCGAGACAGGCCCCCAGACCAUCCUUGUGGUGCCAUUUGCAUCUGAGGCCCAGUCUGCCGCUCCGCAACUCGAAGAAUCCGUUGCCUACAAGGCCUCGAUCAGCACCGAGUCGGUCCUGACCUUCCAUAACAACGAAACCAGCGUCCAUUUGCCCCUCGUCAUCCAGUCCGACUUUUCCAACCACACCUUCCGCAACUUUGUCCUCGAGUUCGAUCGGGUCCUCAAGCAGCUCGCCAAGCACAUCUUGAUGCCCGCGGCCCGCCUGGACUACUAUGAACAACUGGCUCAGUGCCAGCUGAGGCUGCGCCGGAUGGGCGAGGCGCUGAAGCUGCUCGAGCACUCCGAGGCCUGGAUCGAUACGAGGGUCAAGAUUGGAUAUGCCCCGCGGAGCCGGAACGAACUUGAGCUCAAGCGAGGCGACCGCAUCCUGGUGUUCUACCAGCCCUCGCCCGAGAUUGGAUACGCCAUCAACAUGCAAACCAAGGAGAUCGGUUUCCUACAAAUGAGCCAUCUCGAGAAGCUCCGCCCCGCUGGAAAGAACCCGAAUCGUCUGUCGACACUCUCCAGCUUCAGUGCUGACAACGGUUCGGCAUUCGGCGGCCCGUCGAUUGGCACCCAGGAUCGCCGUCCCUCCCAGGGCAAAGCCAACCACCUGGAGUACUUCUCGCAGGGCGGUGGCACUCGUGCGAUGAGCCCAGCCCUCGACCCGGCCGGCUCAUACAACUAUGGUGUGGCCCCGCUACCGUCUGAGUCCUCGAGUCUUCAUCGUCCUCAGCCAUCCUUCUCAGGACCAGCCGGCCGUAACAACAUCACCCGAGACCAUACGCUCGAACGCUGGCCCGUGCGAGUGGCCAGUCCGUACCAGCCGGUGCAGGACAGCUCGCUCCUCGACCAGCUCAACCGCUCGGCCACCCGCCAUGACGCCCGCCUCGCGGCUACCGCCGACCUCGACCUGAUUCGGACGCUCUCGAACCCUCUGUCGGUGACAUCAUCGACAUGGUCCGGCGAGUCUAAGCGCAGGAGUGUCGUGCUGAAUCCGCUGCCGUCACUGCCCGAGAUCGACAGGAUGAUCUCGACCAUCCACCAGGAGCAUGUCAGUGCCGAAGACGAAAUCAACAACAUAUAUCGAUCUAUGAGCACCAUCAUCACGAACCCGCCUGCCACGCUGAUCCACUCCCCAACGCCGCCGCUGCCCAUCCUUGCCCUCAAGGACUCGGCUAUGCGCGGGAACAACCCUCUCGAUCGGGCCGAGGAGGAGCAAGCCGGUCUGGACGAUCCCCCGUCGAGGCUUGAGGCUCCGGAUGGCAUUCAUACCUCUUAUCGAGGCGCCCUUGUUUCUGACGCAGACGGCCGUAUUUCGAAUCAGGAAGGACCUGGCCACGAUCGUCCUGGCGGCGGCCCCGGCAGCUUGUUCCAGAAAACCGGCGGAACCUCGAGCUGCGAGUCGAUGGCCACCACAAUCCAGCACGAGCAGGGCGACAGCAUGCCGCUCCUCAAGUGAUGUGCAUCACCAGAAUUGCGGCUCAGUCCCGCCGUCGUUACAUGAACCUUUCCAUUCUCUCUGCCUGCAUCGCCACGCCGCUCCAUACACCAAAGCACCCAUCAAUUACCUUUGGCGCCAGUUAUGCACCAACACCAGCCGUCACAACAACCGGCGGCAAAACUCCAUACAUUUUCCGCAAUAGAAGCCACCUUUCUUAUUA